AUGGUUGGUGGGUCUGGACUUACGUUUACCCCACAAAAUACAACUGCAGCCCCUGGUGAUACCAUCACAUUUAUGUGGGCGGGUACUACGCCGCACAGUGUUAUUCAAUCAGACGCACCAGCUGGUAACUGCAACAAAUCCGCAACUUUAGCUCCUUACUAUCCCGUAAACAGUGUAGCUGGUUUCAAUGUAACAUACACCGUCAAUGCUACUCCACCAGUAAUCUGGUACUUCUGUGGCGUACCUGGUCACUGCCAAGGUGGUAUGUGGGGUACCAUAAAACUUGCUACUGCUACUAAUGGUACCGCUGGAUCCCCAACCGGAGGAGCUACUCCCGCUUCCUCGGGUAGUCCAACUGGUGGUGACACUGGUAAAGGUGGUAAAGGUGGUAACGGUGGUAACGCAUCACCUUCUGGUACUACUGGUACUGAGGCAUCUGGCACAGCAAAACCUGCUUCAAGUGCUAGCAAAGGAGAAAUUAGUGGUGCUUUAAUUAUCGGUUCUGGACUUUUAAUGUAUAUUGCAGGCCAUCUUUUGUAA